AUGUUGAAUGCGCCGGCGCCUCGGAAAGGGCAGAAAAAGGCUUCGGAUGGAGUGCGGGCAAAGAGAGACAGUGAAGGGCGAGUGGAGAGGGCGGGAGGGCGCCGCCGGCCACCGAACAGGACUAGGGCGAACCGCGACGCCAUUUUUGAAAUCGCCCGAGCGAGACAUCUAUGGAUAGCUGCUUUGCAAUGUUUUAAUUUACUAAGCCAGUUUCGAGAGCCCUUUGAUCUUUCCCGACCGUCUCUUUAUAGUCGAAACGUGAACGGCGCAUGCACCGCAAAUUAA